AGCCAUCGAUGAAAAGAAGAUGAUUGAUCGCAGCGCGUAUUCUGUCUAAUAAACGCGUUUAAGUAUUAUGUAGAAAGCAAAAUUGUUUUUAAUUUAUUGUAAAAUGGGGGUUAAUAGUUUGCAAUCUUGCAAACAGAGAAAUAACAAAAAACAAGAAAGAAAUAGUAAUCGAAAAACUGUAGUGAAUAUUAUCGACAGUGAUGUCGAGAUGUGUUAUAGUGAGAGGGAAAAUAGUGAAAGGAUUGACUCGGUACCUAAAGACGAAGAUUUAUUUUUUUUUGAUAUUUCGGGUAACAGAAAUACUUCCAAACUUUUAAAUGACACAUUAACGGGUCAAAGUAGUUCGAAUGUACCGGAAACUGUCUCUCCGAUGUUUUCAACGCCAAAUGUUGAGAAAAAAAGAAAAAAAAAUUCAUUAAAUAGUUCGAAUAGUGAUAGAUUGAGUGAACAAAAUAAAAUUGUUUUAAAUAAUGAUGUUAAACGUGAAAAAUCCGAACAAAAAGUUUCAAAAUUGAAUAAAAACAAAUUAGAUGAAGAAAAACACGUGGUUGUUAUGAAAAAAAAGAAAAUCAAAAGUGAUAUUGAGGCGUACGUCGAUAGGGAUGAAAAAAUCUGGGAGAAAUUGAAACAAUCGUCGAUAUUAAACGGUUCUCAUGAUCUGGGUGUGAAAGUGAAGAAACGAGAUUCGGAUGAAAAAAUUUAUGAAGAAAAUAAAAAAAAAAAGAAAGUGGAUUAUGAAGAAGAAGCUAAACAGGUUGAUUUUAUGAAAAAAUGGGAACAAAAAAUCGAUGGAAACGAGAAGCAAAUACUCGCAAAACUUUACAUAAAGUUGCCUUUCGAUUAUAUACCCCCUCUCCACGAUAUCCAGAGACCUAGCAAACCCACGCUAGACGAAACCGAACGCGGUAAACAACUUAACGCCAAGACAGGGCCCUAUAGCAAAGAAGAAGACGAACAGAUCAAAGAGAAUUGGACGAAUUUUUGCAAAGAUCACGAUUUGAAUUUGGAACCGUCGGUUUUUUACAAAUUACCCAAAUGCAUGGGACGGAGAGAGAAGAUAAAAUUUAUGCAGUAUCUGUCUCAUAAAUUGGACCAGAGGAAUCCUUUUUAUGUACAUUUGAGGUUCCAGAGAUUGUAUAGCGAGAAAACAGUUAAAUUGGGCAGGUUUACCGAAGAAGAAGACGAGAAAAUAUUGAAAUUUAUGAGGGACAGCUGUUCGAAUAGGUCGUAUCAAGAUUUGGCUGUAUUAUUGGGCCGUAGGCCGAUGGCCAUACAAAGACGGCUUUUCAUGUUGGAGAACGGGCUUAACGAGACUAGAAUCGAAUGGAAUAUCGAUUUGAGUAAACGAUUAAUCGAAGGGAUUUUGAAGGUCACAGGAAAAGAAAAAGUAGAAGAUUUGGAGGAAGUUUCCCUCAAUAUCUCCCAGUUGCGCCAAUUAUCCCAUCUAUUAGACAACAUACCCCCGAAAAAAUUGUUCAAUUCCUGGUACAAAUACGUCCACCCCAGAUUAUUCCUCAGAGAAACCUACGAAGAAAUAAAAACCGAUCUGGUGAAAAUGAUGUUUUAUAAUAAGGAGAAGGAUUACAGGACGGUGAAUUGGAAAAAGUACGCUUCGAAUUUCAGCGGCAUCAACGAGUACAAAUUGUAUGAACUUUUCGCGAACAUGGUCUCUAAUAAAGUACCGAGAAAGAAGAGAUCGAAUUUGAGAAGUGUUGUUAAACAUUUAUUAUUGCGACGGACCAAAUCCAAGGCUCUACGUAGGUAUGUGUACAAAAAUGGCGAUUUGACAGUGACGUGACAAUUUUUCCAAACUUUAUAAUGUAUAUUUAAUAAAAAUUUUUUUUCUCAGUAUGUAUUUAAAUUUUUUGUUAAUA